UUUCCGCGUAGGGACGCAAAAGCGACCGCUCCAUCAUGAAUGCGCACGUCUGGUGGUCAAAGAGAUGCGUGCGCGCCUACUGAGUCGGUCAAAAAAGCAGCAGAUUUCAAAUGAGGCUGGACACAAGACGACCGUAGCCAUCCGUAACACGUCGUCUUCACCGACCUGAACAACCUUGGAUUAAGAAAGUACACUUUUUUUUUCUUGUUUCCAAAGGAACGCAGUGAAGAGAAGAAAGGUUUGGGUAAAGGUCGGAUACACUCUUGGCUAGUUAUAUUUCUGAUGUGUUUUGCCUAUGCAAUAAUGACAUUUUGAGAGGAGAGAAACAGUCAUUCAUUUGGACAACCGUGAGAGUUCAGUUAAAGCUUAUUUUACACCUGUGACCUGAUACGACUUUGGUUGAGGAGAUUAUAUGCCAAAUGGGUGUGAAUGCAAACAUACACUUAAAUGCAAAAGUAUUCGUAUGGUUAAAUUGAAAUCAAACGAAUGAUGACAAUUCUAACAAAUUGAACCAGUUGAGGAUUCAACCGUGGAAUUGUUUCAAACCGCAUUCAUCAUGCAAAUGUAUUAAAUACAAAGACCUCGCAAGAGAUAAAGAAUAGUGCGUAGGCUACUGGGCUGCUAAUAAAGUGUUGUCGUGAUGGUGCGCCUGCUAAACUACCUCAUGCUUGGGUACCUGACCUGGAAUCUACGGAUAUCAGACGCACAAGGAGAGUACUGCCAUGGGUGGCUGGACAGUAAUGGAAAUUACCACGAGGGCUUUCAGUGUCCGGAGGACUUUGACACCAUGGACGCAACCGUGUGCUGCGGGUCUUGUUCCCUGCGGUACUGUUGCGCGGCCGUGGACGCACGGCUGGACCAGGGAAGCUGUACCAACGACAGAGAACAGGAGAACACGGAGUUUGCAGCGCAGCCCAUCUACGUGCCCUUCCUGAUGGUGGGCUCCAUCUUCGUGGCCUUCGUGGUGGUGGGCUCCCUGGUUGCUGUCUACUGUUGCACCUGCCUGCGGCCCAAGCAGCCUACACAGCAGCCUAUCCGUUUCCCGCUGCGCAGCUGCCAGACCGAGACCAUCCCCAUGAUCCUGACCACUGCGCCACCCAGCCUGCGCACCCCCUCGCGCCAGUCCAGCACGGCCACCACCAGCUCCAGCUCGGCUGGCGGGGGCAGCUCGGUGCGCCGCUUCUCCCUCGGAGGUCAGGGGCAGCAGCAGCACGGGUGCUUGGUGUCAGCGUCUGCAUCCUUCUCCCCCUCCACGCCCCAGCCGCUGCUGCCACCACCCCCGCCGCCCCCCUACACCUCCCCCACUGCCUGCAUGCCAGGUGGCUGCCAGCAACCCCAUCCCCAUCCCCACCCCCCUGCCCACCCUCACGCCCAGCUGCACCAGCCCAUGCACCAACAUCCCGCCCAGAGCACGGGCUUCUUGCUGCCCCAGCAAUACUUCUUCCCCCUGCAGCCGGAGCCCUUCUCCGGGGCCAAGGGCUUUGCAGACUUUGGACAGAGCUGACGGUGCUCCACGAGCAAUGUGGGGGAUUACAGGAGCACUGUGUGAUGUGAGCAGGGUUGUGUUCAUUAGGCACCAAACGGAAGAAAAUGGACCGAAACAGGAAGGGACUACCUGAACCUGUCCAGUAUGAGUUAGUUUAACGCUGUGAGACGUUUUAAAUCAGUGAACGUUACUGAACAUGAGCCUGGUGUGUUGUGUUGACAGUCAGCGGCUAAGGGGAGGACUGCCCUGACGUGCAGUACAGUUGGCCUGUUGAAUGGAGACUGGGUGACAGGACAGUUAGGCGGUGCUCAAGAUGAACCACAAGAAAGCUCCCUAGUCGAGCAGAGUACAUGGGUCUUGUCUGUGCGGGUCGGUGGGGGGGGGGGGACUCAGUCCGGCUUUCAACUUACUCUUGAAAGUUGUAAUAGUAGAAUGCACAAGGUGCAAUUUCAAAAUUGGGUAGUGCAUCAUCAGUUCCUCUCGUCAUGUCAGUCAUUUCAUUACUUACAGAGCUAUUUAUAACUCGUCAGAAAUGUCCACAUGAACUAGUCAAUGUCAGCUAACGGUUUCUUUUUGCCCAUAGAUAUUGUUGUAAUUUUUUUGUCACUCAAUUAUCACAUGAAUACACAUUAGAAAUGGGAAAAUGUGUAGAAUGGCUGGAAAUAAGCUUUAAAGCUGCAACAAUACAAAAUCUAGCAACAAGAGGGGUGUGAACAGUUUGUCUUGAACACUGCUUGUGCCCAUAGAAAUAGACGAGGUACACUCAUGCGCGGGUGGUGACAGAUGUUCUCCAAUGCUGGAAGGGGAACCUGAGUGAAAAGGUUUUGGAAACCCUACUCUAAGUUACAGGAAUGGAAUCUGCUCAGACCAGACCGGACCUGUUUAUUGGUCUUUAUCGGUUUCAAUUUCAUGCACUUUUUAUAUACAUUUGUAUUGUAAUCAAGAGUAUCUUCUUUUAUACACACUUUGGUUAAACUGUGAUUUUCAAUUGUCACAAUAACUUUGUGGCAUCAACAUUUUUAAGAAGUGUUCUGCAAUUUUUUUGGCAAGCUGUUGGACAUUUAAUGCAAUGGAAAUCCAAUUAUAAUUUUGACAAUCACAAGCCCCUGUAAAAAGAGGGAAAGGACUGACGCCAAGUUGUGCAGUAGGGUGGACAAAGCCAAAGGAUGUACUGUGUAGUGUUCACUGGUUUGAUGCUCUAGACCAGAUGUGUCCCAACGUCUUAUGUAGGGCUACGACACACAAAUCAAUAAACUAUCAUAUUAGCCAACACCAAAUAAGAGUCCAGUAUUGUAUCUUGUCAUGCAACGCUACAAAUACAUGUAAAUUACAAAAUGUGAAAAACACUCCCCAGAAAAAUGUUACCUACUCUUAAAUAAUUUAACAACAGAUGGUUGAGAAUUGCUUCAUUGCUCAUUUAUGAAUACAUUCGGUAGUAGUACUUACUGUAUAGUACAAUCUUCUGAAAAUAGCUUUUCAACGGUUUCCUUUAGGCUGUUAAAGCCACAAUCCUGAGUUGGUAUUUUAAACUUUCAGCCCAACUGCAGCCUCCCCAUUUGUUAAUGUUCUACCUAUUAUACUGAAGAGGGGAUGAUGCAAAGAUAUUCAAACACGAAUGCCACAUUCACCAUUAAAUAAAGAAACAAGGCAAAAAUAUGGCUGGCAAAUAACGGACUUUCCCCUUUCUUCAGCCGCAGACAUAUAGGCAACUAAAACGGUUGGAGAUCAGUUAUUCGCUACCUGUCGCUCACUCUUACGCCAUACUUCACAUGAGGAAUGUGGCAGUGAGAUCAGUCAUUGUCAAUGCUCAAUGAGCAUGUCAUAGCCACAGUGUUAAAAACAACUGGUCCCAGAAAUAGGGAAAAGUUUUGGGUUGCACGAGCAGGUAUGGCAAGAGUCCACAAAGACUGCUCUGUUCCCUAGUCAUUCAAGCGUGAAAUCAACUUGGAAAUCACUGUCCUAUUAUGGCAGAUAAGAUGGAAUAGUUCAUAAAGCGGAUAAUGUUUGGGGCUAGAUUCUGAACUUGCCAAACAAAGGAAAAAUGACAGCAACACCCAAAGACCCAGCAAGUUGUUGCUGUCAUUUCAAAUUUUUUGGGAAGUCUCAGAAUAAACAAUGUUUAGCCAGACAAGCACUCCAGUCCAAUAGAAACCUUUACAAAGGCAGACCUGCAUCCUACUGUUUGGAGACAUUCUUGCUCAGAUGUCACCACAAUAGUUUUCCUAUAUUAUUAAGGGUCUUGUUAAAGCAUUUCACAGGGCACCUCUAGUCACUAAAAACACUAGAACUGACCUUUCAGAUACUGCAUUUUAGAGGUAUCAUACUGCUCUGAAUCAUCUCAUAAUUCAAACAAAAUACUUCACAAAUUUCCACUUUUUGAAAGUUACAUUGGCAGUAAUACAAGUACUUUUGUAUGAAUACUCUAGCAAGGGUACACCUGGUUGGGAAAAUAUGGCUUUGUAAACUAACGACUAAAGAGAAACUACCGAUUCCCAAAUAGGGUAGAUUGCUGGACACUGGACGGAUCAUCUAUGUUGGUUUUGUGAUACAGCUAUGAUAGUGGAUACUUUGUCAAUAACAGAGACAAAUAUUUGUAACUAUAACGGAUGUGAUAUCCUACCGCACGGCCGCACAGUAAACCUCAGAUGACCAGUCAUCAGGGAAUACGACAGGAGAAGGUCAGCUAAAUCAUAAAUGAUAACCAUAAUGACGGCAUUUGUUUGUUUGUCACACAUGGAAGGGAAUGAUGUUUUCCCUGAGUCUCCCCUGCCUUUUCCUGUUUAGGUUCUCAGCGCUCUGUAUGCCCUGUUUGCUGUCGCAACUUGCUGCCUUCCCUCAUUUUGGACAGUUACAAAGUCCUAAAUUAGGGAUGGCACUUUAUCCCAACAUAGUGCACUACUUUUGACCAGAGUAGUACACUACAUAAAGAAUAGGGUGCCAUUUGGACUGCAGUCAGACAUUCAUAGAUAUUGUGAUAGUGGAACAUUCCAUUUAUGUGAUGGUAGAUGAUGACAAAGGUUGAAUUCCAUGUUUGAAAAGUUUAUUUUAGUAGUAGUCCUUUAUGGCAGUAAAAGACAGAACACUUAAAAGUUCGCAGUCCCAACAUGCAGAACAAUCAUUAAAUGAUAUUCAAACAAAUUGAAAAGUGCAUUUUUUUCUGUAAAGUGACCAACACUUGAGGGAGAAUCAAAGUAGUACAAUAAACACUUAACCGGAGAAGGUUUUAGUCCAUUCAUGCAGCCCACAACUUUCACAGACAAAAAGCCACAGUCCAAGCCUUCCACGACCACUUUCACAUCAGAAGACUCACAUUCAGCAUUUUGGAAUUGUGACAGCAGUUGACAUCUAAUCAAUCGAAACACAAAAGUAUAGCGUAACAAAUACAUUUUUACUGAUACCCUCACUUAAACCAGGAAGAAACAAAAAAAGGUUUGUAGUCAAGUAGAGGUACACCGCAUGUGACGAAAAAAAACGAAACAAGUUACAAACAUGUAGACCCAGAGAAAAUACACUGAAACCAAUAACCAGAUAAUACCAAAAUAUCCACUAUUGGAAAGGUAACAGAGUGCAUUGUGCAACAUCUCCUGUCAAGCGAGAGCCUUAGCGUCAGAGCCCAGGACCCCCAGGGCUGAGGUCUGGCCAUACACAGAGGGCCAUACAGCAGCAGACAGUACACCAUCAUUAUACCUGGAGUCAUGCAGACAGACCAGAGGAGCAAGCGGCACCACACACACAGUCAGUCAGUCACCCACACAUCCUCAAACAUAUACAAAAACACAGUCAAAGAAUGCAAAAGGAGACCUGAGGUUCUAAGGGCUCCCAGUCUCACACAAAUGACACAGACAUGCGUAUGUAGAAGUUACCCACAGUAGAAGAGGUUACACACACACAUACGCACAUGCACAUGCAGAUGGCGGAUUAGCGCACACACAUACACACGCAGCCGGUAUGGAAACCGAUCUCCCAUAGGGAGAAGAGAACAAACACAGUUAAUUAUGAAAUAAACAAAGCAGGUACUAUAAUAAUAACAACAAGACAUUUAAGAAAUAUAUUUUUCGGCAUUCAUUUGGGCAUUCUUUUUUUUGUCUGAGAGAAAAAAAGGAAAAACCAUAUGGACAAUUAUUCAUUACAAAGCCGGUCAAUGCAAAAAUUCGUACUUCUCCAAUAUAAAAAUACAAAUUCUCAAAAUAACUAUAGAGAAAGUCGUUUUGAUACUGUGUGGAGUUUCCUGGCAAAUUUUCUCUCUCCCUUAAGCUAAUGGCACUUAUGUUAGAAGGAUAAACUCUCCAUUCGAAGGGAAAAGACGUUUUUGAAAGAAGAGCCGCCACUGUAAGCUGACGGAAAUUCAACAAGAUCGUCACACAGCCACCCCCAAAACACUGGGUAGAAAGAAAGCAACAAUGGAGCCUGUGAUUUUAUAUAUACCGCUUUACUUUUUACCACAUUGUGUACUGGAGAGCAAUACAUGGGGGACAAUGAGCUCAUCUUGCCAAUUAGUGGGUAGAGCACUGUUCUAAACUAGCUAGCUAGGAUAUCUUACGUAUUCUAAAUCGGGGAAAAAGUCUAGUUAGGCACCAUUGUGAUUGUUGCAGCCGAGUAACGUGUGGAAUGCAAUUACUUGUAUAGAGCAAUCGAAGUGCUGUAAUAAAAUGGUGGAAAUUGGACGAGUUGCAGGCGGCUAUCAGUAAAAAAACUACUCAAUUUGGGCACGAUAACUACAUAAUUCUAAAAUAAAAACAUUUAGAAGAAAAACAAAGAAGUAUGGCUGAAGGCAUGAACAAAUGUAAGGCCUUUUUAUACAGUAGAAGUGCAAAAUAACAACAAAACAAAAUGUCUGUUCUGAAGUGGUCCAUUCAGAGCUGGAAUAGACUCAGGAGUGUCAAUAUUCUUGGUUUAGAUUUUUUUUUAAAUCGAAGCUAUAGCCGACUUGAAAGAGAUUGCAUUUACAACUGCUAUUUUGCAAUCUGCAUUUACAAACAAAACAAAAUAUUUGGUGGGGUGGUCAAAAUCAAAUCUGGAUUAUUCGGUCACCAAUUGGAGUACACAUACAACAGUUUUGACGAUUUUGGCGCAAACUACAUAUUUUUUGGGGUCUAUUAAUAGGAA